CCUCUUCAAGAAAAAAGCACAGAAGACAAAACAGCCUAACCAGCUCGGUCCUCAGACACGUCUUUAUCUAAACAAGAUGAAAAAGUUCCUGUUGUUGCUUCUCUUCUGUCACGUCUCAUCUCCAGUGCAACACUCACUUAAGUUUUUACUCAGUGGAUCUUCUGGAGUCCCAAACUUCCCAGAGAUUGUGGUUGCUGCAACUGUGGAUGAAGUUCUGAUCGGUGACUGCGACAGCAACAAAAAGAUAGUAGAACCCGAACAGGACUGGGUGAAAACAUUUUUAGAAAACAAUCCUCAGCAGUUGGGGUUUUACAAUCACGAGUGUUUUGAGGUUCUGCCUAUCAACUUCAGAGCCGCAAUGGAUAACUUCAAGCAGCGCUUCAACCAAAGUGGAGGUGUCCACAUUCUCCAGCAGAUGAUUGGCUGUGAAUGGGACGAUGAGACUGGAGAGGUCAAUGGUUUUAUGCAGUUUGGUUAUGAUGGAGAAGACUUCCUAGCAUUGGACCUGAAGACAUAUAGAUGGAUUGCUGCAAAACCACAGGCUGUCAUCAAACAAAGCAGGGAUGCUGAGAUAUCUUCAGUAAAACAAUAUGAGUUUCAACUCACUAAGAUUUGUCCGGAAUGGCUGAAGAUGUAUUUGAACUACGGCAACAGCUCUCUGCUGAGAAAAGAGGUUCCCUUAGUGUCUCUCCUCCAGAAGUCUCCCUCCUCUCCAGUCAGCUGCCACGCUACAGGUUUCUACCCUGACAGAGCCAUGAUGUUCUGGAGGAAAGAUGGAGAGGAGCUUCAUGAGGACGUGGACCUCGGAGAGAUCCUCCCCAACCACGAUGGAUCCUUCCAGAUGAGUGUUGACCUGGACCUUUCAUCAGUCCCAGCUGGAGACUGGAGGAGGUACGACUGUGUGUUUCAUCUCUCUGGUGUGGAGGACGACAUCGUCACCAAACUGGACAAAGCAGAGAUCAGGACCAACAGAGAGAAUCCUUCAGACAGGACCAUUCCCAUCACUGCUGCAGUGGCUGUUCUUGCUGUCGUCCUCGCCGCUGCCACUGGAUUCAUUUUUUACAAAAAGAAGAAAGCCAAUCUCCCUCCACAGUCUCCUGACAACAACUCUGAGCUCUCUGAGGAACUGAAUCCAGAGAAUCCUGAUUUACAUCCUUCAUGGUUCCUCUGAGUUACAACACACCUCACCUUGCAACAGUGAGGAUGUAAGAACACAGCAAUCAAAAUAUACCCUAAACCUUGUUUGGUUUAGUGAGGAGUGAGUGUUGAGGCUCAGAGUGUCUUUCCUUCUGUUACCACUAGAGAGCAACAGAACUCUGACCUGAGUCAGCUGUUAGAGAAGUCAGCACAGAGAAACAAGCUGCUACAACAUUAGCACCGACGCCAGCAUUUCACUGGGUUUCCUUACUUUAAUUUCAUCACCAACACAAUUGGUCUUUUCUUAUAAAUAAAUAGCCUUUGUUCUGUGUAAGUCCAUUUAAAAAGUGAACUUAUGGCACUCUGUAUAACUUUAGGAAAUAUUUUUCCAUUGUGGUAUUGAUACUGUUUUGUGUAUAAUUUAAGUUGACAUUAAAUGAAAUAUGAUGUGCA